AUGGGCAAUCGCUUCGACGACAAUCGGCUCACGCUGCGGAUACAUCGGGGCCGCGGUUCGACAAGCGCACCGUUACACGAAUCACCGCACAGCAACGGCAGCACGCACAGUACCACGACCAGCAUCGGUAGCGCGUCCCCGGAGCGACUGUCCCGCUAUUCGACCCGGGGCAAACUGGCCACCCACGGAGCCGGGUCCCACCCAACCGCCCACCACGAAAAGAUUAAGAUCUCCGUCUCGUACCCGUCGACGGAGAACGUGGCCCAAAGCUGCCAUGCCGAGACGGGCGCGGCCUCAACCUCAUCGAUGGGUGGUGCGGCGGGUUCCACGACGGGGGCGGCUGGCGGCACGAAGCUGCUGUACGCCGUUCACUACUCGUCAGCGAACGGGCGGGACAGCAAUGCGUCCCAGAUCUUCCGCCGGCCGUCCAAGGAGCAGCAGAUGAGCAGCGUGCUUGGCGGCUCGACCCAGUACCUAACCGUGUCCGAGCAGCAGCAGCAGCAGCAGCAGCAACAGCAGCACCGCGAACGGGGCAGCAGCUUCCUAUCGCCCCGUGCCAGCAAACGGAUGGGCAAGCGCAACAUCAAGGCGCAGGUGAAGCGCUUCCGGAUGGAGACGAAGGCGGCCAAAACGCUCGCCAUCAUCGUCGGGCUGUUCGUCCUGUGCUGGUUGCCGUUCUUCACCAUGUAUCUGGUGCGGCCGUUCUGUGACGACUGCAUCAACGAGCUGCUGUUCUCGAUCGUCUUCUGGAUCGGCUACUGCAACUCCGCGAUCAACCCGAUGAUCUAUGCGCUCUUCUCCAAGGACUUCCGGUUCGCGUUCAAGCGCAUCAUCUGCCGCUGCUUCUGCUCGGGCGGCCGGUUUCCGGGUGCGGUCGGUAGCCGCCGCGGCUCGGACAUGUCGCAGAUGCGGGCCCACGGUGGCCGGACGCCGAGCAUCUCGCCUAGCGCGGCCGCCCAGUCGCUGUGCGACGAUAGCGACCCGGUCGGGGGCGAUCUGUCCGACUCCAGAUGA